AUGGGCAACUGCCUGACCGUCGGUCCCAACGAAGCCUUGGUGGUUUCCGGCGGCUGUUCGGGAUCCGAUUCCAAGACCUACGUGGUGGGCGGGUGGUCGUGGGCUUGGUGGCUCCUCUCCCACACGCAAAGAAUGACGCUGGAGCUCAUGACGCUACAGCCGCGCUGUGAGGACGUGGAAACGGCGGAGGGCGUGGCCAUCACCGUCACGGGCGUGGCUCAGGUGAAGGUGAUGACGGAGCCGGACCUCUUGGCGCUGGCGUGCGAGCAGUUCCUGGGCAAGUCGGUGGCUGAGAUCAAAGGCGUGGUCUUGCAGACACUGGAGGGACACCUACGCUCCAUCUUAGGGACCUUGACGGUGGAGCAGAUCUACCAGGACCGAGACCAGUUUGCCAAGUUGGUACGGGAGGUGGCGGCGCCCGACGUGGGUCGCAUGGGCAUCGAGAUCCUGAGCUUCACCAUCAAGGACGUCUACGACAAACUGGACUACCUGAGCUCGCUGGGUAAGACCCAGACGGCCGCUGUCCGGCGAGACGCCGACAUCGGCGUGGCUGAAGCGGAGCGGGAUGCCGGGAUACGGGAAGCCGAGUGCAAGAAGGAGAUGAUGGACGUCAAGUUCCGGGCCGACACCAAGAUGGCCGACUCCAAGCGAGAACUGGAGCUGCAGAAAGCCGCCUUCAACCAGGAGGUCAAUACCAAGAAAGCAGAGGCCCAGCUGGCGUACGAGCUGCAGGCGGCCAAAGAGCAGCAGAAGAUCCGCUUGGAGGAGAUGGAGAUCCUGGUGGUGCAGCGGCGCAAGCAGAUCGACAUCGAGGACAAGGAGAUCCGGCGCGCCGACAUGGAGCUCGUCGCCACCGUCAAGCGGCCCGCCGAAGCGGAGGCCUUCAAGAUGGAGCGGCUGGCCCAAGGGCACAAGAAGAUGCGCGUGCUCAUCGCGGAAGCCCAUGCGGAGAAGAUCAGAAAGACGGGCGAGGCGGAGGCGUCCAGGAUCCGGGCGGUGGGCAACGCCGAGGCGGAGAAGAUGAAGCUGAAGGCCGACGCUUACCGACGCUACGGCCACGCCGCCAAGACCGCCCUGGUCCUCCGGGCCCUCCCCGAGAUCGCCGCCAAGGUGUCGGCGCCGCUGGCCAAGACCGGGGAGAUCGUCAUCCUGGGCGGAGACGGCGGACGCGACCGGCUGCCGCCCGAACUGAUGGCCGACGACCUCACCAAGAUAAGGAGUCGACGGCGACUGUCCUGA